GUGGUAAACAGUCAACACUCAACAGGGUUUUAACUCAAAAUCUCUAAAGAAAAUAUUUAAAUUUAUACAAAGAAAGUACAUACGUUUUAUCCUCAGAUUAUUUUAUCCAAGGUUUUACCGUAUUCGUAAAGCACCCUUUCCCAUGCUAUGUAAAAAAGAUUAAUAGAAAUUAAAGAUAAGCAAUAGAAAUAAAAAAAUAUAUAUAAUUUUACCCACUUAUUCAGUUUAGUUCAAAAAUAAGUUAUUAUGGACGAUGAGCACAAAAAAGAUAAAUCAUCAGUCUCGCAUAGGAGCCCUACUUUCAGUAAGGAAGAAAUAAAAGCGUUGGUAAAUAUAAUUGAAAAAUAUAAGAGCAUUAUUUUAAAUAAAUCUACAAGUGCUGCUGCCAGUCAUGCUAAAGAAGUGACUUGGAAUAAAAUAGCUAAAAUGUUCAAUAACCAAGGAUUUAAAUAUUCAAGAAGUGCUGAUAGCUUAAAAACAAAAUGGGAGAAUUUAAAAAAAGAUGCAAGAAAAUUAUCAAAAAAUUUAAUGGAUAUUAAAUACAGUGAAUUUAAUGAUUUAACUAGUCAAAUACUGUCUAUGAUGUGUGAAGCAGAAAAGAGUGGUAAUGCAUUGGAAAUUCCACCUAUAUUAGACGAUGACUUAAAUGAUACGGAUCAAAAAGAUAAAACAAAUACAUCUAAUACUUAUUGGGAGGACUCAGAAGAAAAAGAGUCUGACAAUUCAGAUGGAGAUAUGGAUACUGGAAGGUCUAAUAGAUCAUUGAAUUUCUCACCCCAAGAGUGUAGUCUUCUUUUGCAAUGUGUAAGAGAAGAAAAGAAAAAUAUAUUCUGCAAGGAAAGCACAGGCAAAGCAAUCCAAAUGAAAAAUAGUGCAUGGACAAGGAUAACAGAUUCUUUCAACAAACGAAGUCCACAAAAAAGAUCAACAAAAGUCCUACAUACCAAGUUUAAUAACAUGAAAAGAAUGGCAAAAACUAUCCGUUUAAAGCAAUAUCUUCAAAGCAGUUGUCAUGAAAGGCUAGAAGAUGUAAAUAAGAAAAUUAAAUCAGAACCAAUUUUGGAGUAUAAGACCGAUAUAGAUGUUACGAGAAAUGAUGAAGAGGAAGAUUCUGAUGACAACAAUGAAUGUAACAAACAAAAUAACUUAGACCCUCUUGACACUGUACUUAAUGGAGACAGUGGGAUUGAACCUAUGAGUCACUUUGGCUCUUGGAGUCCAUCAGACAGUAAGGAUGUUGUGAAUUUGAAAUUGAAACUUUUGAAUUACCAAAUGGAAACUGCAAAGAUGGAAAGAAAGAGAGUGGAAGAUGCGAUGCAAGCAGAAGCUGCGGCCCGUGAGUCGAGUGCUCUGGAAAGAUCUUUACGGAUACGAGCCGCGCGACUCGAAGCGGUUGCGGCUGAGAUGAAAUUUCCAUCUACUCAUCCAGCGUUGCAAUAUACAUUUGAAGAAUCAAGAGCUCAACAAUAUUUAGAACAAUAUAACCAUACUUGAAAGGUAACAUAACUAAAGGCGCAAACCUAAAUGAAAAAAAAAAACAUCAGUCUAUUGAGACCACUAACCCAGAGGAUGUGUGGUAAAAAUUUAUGACCUUUGAAAUCAAAAAUAUUUGAUGAAAUCAGGAUAGGUAUGGAAGUUCAGGUUUAUCUACUUCCGAAAUUUGUCAACAAAUGUCUAUUAGCUUAAAGCAUUUUUACAACAAAUUAUAAUUGAUACAUUGAUACAUUUGGAAAUAAACUGUAAAUCCAGC